AACGCAAGAAACAUUACAAAGUAAUGCUCAUAUGGUAAAUCAACACUCUCCUUUACACACGACUUUGUCUUCAUCCAGCUCAUACACAAAACAGCAGUGAAGUCGCACAAUAUUGGUGAAGAAAAUGAUACGAGGAGUGAUCAUAAUGAACGAUCAAGGCAAGCCUCGCCUCAUCAAAUUCUAUGAAUUUCAGCCGCCGGAGAAGCAGCAGGAGCUAGUUCGAAGCAUUUACAGAGUUUUGUGCAGUAGAGCAGAGAACGUCAGUAAUUUCAUUAAAGCGGAUUCACUUUUUGGGCCGGAUGUACGGCUUGUUUAUAAAACUUUUGCAACGUUGUACUUUGUCUUCAUAUUUGACAAAUCUGAAAAUGAGCUGGCGGUGAUCGAUCUUAUGCAAGUAUUUGUGGAGACAUUGAACAAGUGUUUCCGAGAGGUAUGCGAGCUUGACAUAGUGUUCAAUUUUUACAAGGUCCAUACAAUUUUAGAUGAGAUCAUAAUGGGCGGCCAAGUACUCGAGACAAGUUCUGAAGAGGUUGCCAGUGCAGUUGAUGCCAUCUCAAGGCCUCUCUCUCUCUCUCUCUCUCUCCCUCUCUCUCUGCGUGUGUGUGUGUGCGCGCGCGCGCUCGUCAGUAGUUGUGAAUGGGUCCUUAGGUGCAAUAGGCAUCUCUUGCUGCAACUUAGUCUUAGGGUCUUAGAACAUGGUGCCCAAAAGUACCUGUGGCUUAACAGCACGGAGUGCUUCUUUUCAUCUCUUUAUUUCCUUCUCUUUAGAUUUGUUUAAGUUGAAAGCAUAAUUUACAGUCAUAAUCCUAAUUUUCUGUUUUUUCAGUCAUAGUUAUUUAUCCCUAAAAUAGAGCUUCCAUCUUUGUAGUCACCCAUAAGUAUCCCUAAAAUAGAUAUUUUAAGAGUUCCAAAAUUAAUCAUCACAAGGAAUAACCAUAUUAUCUUUUGCAGGUUGGAAAAGAGUGGCAAUUCGAUGAUUCCAUCUAUUCCUGGUUGGCAGAGAUGAUAGCAACUGAACUUUGUUAAUUUCUUUGAUUUCGAGGAGUAAACAUAAUAUUAUCCACUCCCUUUCUUUUGGAAAUCAUAAUGUUGUCAAAAUGAUGUUGGAAAUCUGCCCGUGGGACACGAAAUCCUCUUCAUUUAGAAUGAACAUUUGGCAUGAUAUGGGGCAUAAUUCUUGAAUGCCAUUAAUUCAUGCCUUUGUAUAGUGUUCAUGGGUCCAUCUACUCAUUCUUUUAGUUUUUUCUGGUGUACAAGUAUUGUUUGUGCGUUUGGGAUGAUGAAAGCUCUUUUUACAUAUGAACAAAGUCCUUUUUUUUUUCUGGA